AUGUUACCCGAAUUCUUGCAGAGUAGUUACAAAUGCUACAAAGCAGACACCAACACAUUUGAAACUUGGCUGCUGGAGACCGCCAAUCAAUGUGGCUAUCAACCCACUCUCUCUGCUACCAUUCCUCCCGCUAAAAAGGGUAAACGCAAGGAUAAAAAUGAUGGCGCUGAUGCAGCUCCACUUCAAUAUAGUGCGACCACCAAAGAUCUGCAGAAGCUGGCCGAGGUGGUGUCCAAUUCUGCCCUCGCCGUACCCAAGUCAGUUCUGACCAUGGCGAAACGCGCCAUCAAAUUGAGAAAAUCCGGCGACUCGGCAAACAACAAGCGCCAUGCUCAUUUCAUCACUGCGCUGGAGCAAAUCUGCGAGACCCUGGAAUGGAAGACCAAUCAACCAGCCGCUAAGACACCAUCGACUUUGGAGACUCAAAAUGAUGACACCGAGGCCGAGAAGUUUGUAAACCGAUUUGCCGUUCUCACGGUGGAGGAGCCCCAGGAUACUGCGCAAACUCAACCGACGCUCGUAGAAUCGAAGAAGAUCGUCAAGGUGACGGUUGAUGAAGGGGACGAGAAUGAGGUAUCAGACCCAUACCUGGGUCACUUGUUCUUCAAGACCCUCUGCUUACUUCAAUAUUUGAACAACAUGCGACGGUUUAUUUCCGUCACCUGGGCAGACUACCGCGAUAAGAAGAUCGACCUCAUGAACGCCUCCGUCGUAACUGACAGUGCUUUGCAACUUGCCCAAGAUCUUGUAAAGGAGGUGGAGGCGGACUGGCGCACUACCUUUCCGGGAAAGAGAGAAGAGGUUCAGAGGAUGAUUGGCCUGCCAUACAAUAAGCAUAUGGCCGACAUAGCAGACUAUUGUUAUGUCCCGAUAAUGGCUCUCCUCGACUCCUUUGCAGAUGUUCUCCAGGACAACGAGCAACCAGUCUUCAAAAAGGGUUACUUCGGCACUUAUGAUCCUAAAGCGGACAGAGAACGGAUGUCUGUGGGUCAGAAGUUCAACGAAGACAAAAUCAUCUUUCUUUCGAUUUUGCCCGAGUUUUGCAUGAUCGACACGUUCGGUGUCCAGAUGCCUACUCAGGACGCCAUCACUCGAGGCCUUCUCGAGUAUGUCAAGACCAAAAAGGUCACCUUGUGGCUUACCUUUGCCUCCCAGAUCUUCCUCGACGUUCAUCAUGUCAUGCGACGCAGUACCCAGGGUGCAUUUGGAGACCUCCGGAUGUCUGGACUUCGUAUUCAGAAGAUUAUCAACGACUGCCAGGAACUGUCGAAAACAUACCCUCAGCCAAAAUUCUGGCCCAAAGAGGGUGACGAGGAGAUCCAGCAUAUCAAUUUCACCGUGGAGUCAUGGAUCAUAAAGGAUUUGUUUCAAGAGCUUCGCAUCCACUCUGGAAUGAACAGAACUGGCUCCCCUCCUGACAAGUAUGCACUUCUCUCGCAGCACUCUAUCCUCUGCGGCUUAAUGCUGUUCAUUCUCAACAUUCGAAUGCAAUCUGUCGGCCAGAAGCUCGUCACUCAAUGGUACGACGUCCAACAGCUGGCCUUCUUGCACAACCUCGUCAUCAACUGUCCCACCCACAAAGACCUGAGAUGGCCCGACAUGGAUGCUUUCAUUAAAAUCCACGGCGAGUCUCACAUCUUCAUUGGCUCCCGACCAAAGAACCCCAAGGAAUCACUGAACCGGCUCGAGUUAGCCACCGGCAUCUCAUCCGCUGCCAAUUUUGCCCGCGAUUCCCGGAGCAAACGAUUCCACAAACCCGACGGCAAGAAUCCCCGUCUACUCACGCCCACCACUGCCGUCGCCAACUUAUUCUUCGCCCAAUAUGUCAACGGUGCCAAAGAUGGCGGAAUUGGUGACAUCGACAGCAUCCUAGACGAGCUUUCACAGAAAUCCAAGCUUGAAACAUCCACCACGGAGGUCCAAAAAGCCAAUCCGGAACUCACCAUUACCCGGAAAUGGACCAAAACCCACAACAUCGACACCCUACAGCUUCUCGCCUUCCUCAAGACCAAGCUCUUCGAAGAAGAGCCCAUCAUCCUAUACAACUACUUCGGCAUGCACAAACGCUCCAUCGAAUUACUCCGCCUAAUCCGCGACAAAGAACACCACAAAUUCGUCCAAUACUUCACAUCCGCCUACAUGCCCGAUGAUUCGUUCAUAUCCAACAUCGUCCUUCUCAUGCAUCACGUCGCGCAAGGCUCCGCCCAAAAUGCUGUUGAUAUGGGACAUGCAUCCCGCGGAGCCGAGGUCGUCAGUCGGAUUGUCAUGAGCGCUGGCGACGUGAUGCGUGAAUACUUGAAGAAGAAUGGCGAUGUCGCAUGUAAAGAGCUGCGCGUGUUCUGUAAGAACAAGAAACCUAUCCAGGAUGAUGUGGCGUAUGAUCAGGAUCAAUCGGAUAAGCUGGUGUAUUCUUGGCUUAAUCUGGAGGAUGUUCUCGGUCUGAAGGGUGUGGUGUCACUUAUGACGGGGAUUCCGAUUGCUUAG